AUGUAUCGCUACGAGGAACACCUUGCACCAACUGCUUUCAGGACGCUCCGGAAAAAAACGCGGCGUGUACCAGAUCGAGGGCCGAUCCUGGGGGCCAGCGACCUCGUGAACCAGAGUGAGCUCUGGCCUGGUGUAUUACUGGAAACAGGGGACGAGAUCAGAAAUUUAGGAGACCGCUCCGUGAUUGAACUCCCUGGUUAUGUCCAGCCAGCACCUGGCUGGCUAUGGACUGAUGAGUUCCAGUACUUGAUUUCGAGGGGUGCUUUCAGGAUGCCUCCGCCGCCGCUGCUCAGGGAGCUGAUAUCUUCCUAUGUUGAAUGGGUCCACCCGGUCUGCCCGAUCGUUGAGACUCGGGUUGUUAAUUCUGUCCUUGCGCUAUCCGACCAUCCCAAGAUAAGCUUACUCCUCCUCCAAGCCCUUAUUUACGCUGGCUCAGUAUUCAUCGAGGAAGGCAAACUUCGGCUGUUCGGGCUUGCAGAUAGAUUCACGGCUCAGACUGUCUUCUUCGAACGUGUCAAGCUGUUGUUCGAUUUCAACUACGAGUGCGACCGCCUUUGCCUAUUGCAGACCACAAUCCUGAUGUCCUUCUCUCAAGACUGGUCAAGGCCCUUGAAAGACAGCCGCUACUAUCUGAAUCUCGCCCAUUCAAUAGCUCUGCUGAUGGGGCUUUCUGAGGAGGACACAUAUGCCAAAUACCGCCCGGACAUAAAUCACCGUUUGAGACGCAUCUGGUGGUCUCUGUAUUGCCGAGAUAAAUUCGUGGCCAUCUCAACAAUGCAGCCCCCUUUGAUCAAAGGGGCCGACUUCCAUGUUGAUCCGCCAACGCUCCCGGCAAAUAAUCUGGUACCCACAGGUGCAUUGUCAACGUUUCGGAAAUCAUUUAGUCCAGGGCAGGACAAAGAUCCCAAACUCGAGACUGAUGAGUGUCAGUUUACUCUGCCCUUUGUUGAACAAACGAGACUUUGUUUGCAAAUCGGUCGCGUUUUAGACGAUCUAUACUACCCAGUCAGCGUUUUUACUGAACCUGCUCAUCCUGGUGUCUUGUUGACAGCUCGCCUAGUUCCCCAGGCGACUGUAAGGGCUCUCCAGCAAAGUCUCACAAUAUGGUGGGAAAACCUCGAACACCCUUUACGCCUAAGCCUUCUCGACAUGGAUGGCGAGAUUCCGAUGGAACCGUAUCAGAAAAGACGAAUCAUCCAUGGCGGACUGCUUUCUAUGUUCUAUUUCGCCACGUCAAUGGCUUUGCACCGGUGGCUAACUAUGUUGAGCAUACCUGGCACUCCCCUGUCCGAGGGACAAUCAUGCAACUAUUUAUCCCUUGAAUCGGACUCACACAUGAUUCUUCAUGUAUGGAACAUUGUAAGUUCCAUCGACGUGGACAAAGUCGUCGGGCUCGGAGGUCACCUCUGUGUGAUUGAAGCAAUCAACACUCUCGGCAUUGCGCGGCAUGGGCAGCACCACCUUUUGUUAUCUGCAGCCCGCAUCAGAGACAUGAGGAUGUGCCUACAGACCCUCAAAAUCGUCGAAAACGUCUGUCAAGGCAUACAGGACGCGCGAAGCACACUGGAGGCCAUGCUAGUACAGGCUGAACAACGGUAUUCCCGUCUCAUCACGUUUACCUUUACCUCGUCACCACCCGUCUGCGAGCAGACUUCUUGCACGAGUCCGCCACAAGGAGAAGAAGAAGAAGAAGACAAGAUCGAUCUGAGCGACGUGGGACCUCAGGCCACAGACUUUUGCAGGAGUGGAGAGUCGGUGUGGCUCGGAGAAAGUCCAGUACGGUUCUAG